CCUCUCCUUCGUCUUCGACCCACAGUAGCUGAAUUUCCACUGGCGCCCUGCAGGUUGACGGCGCCUGUGGCGGAUGUUUCUAAACCCAGUCCAAGCACGAUCCGGUAUGGAAUUCUUGGGAUGAACGCUCAUAUUUGUUUGGCAACGUUUUAAGACAGUUGCCCUUCCUGACGCAACCCUCUGCAUUGGGACUGGCCUACAGUUUGCACUGGCUUGUGCCCCCCAUAGAGCUGCAUUUGACUCAUCCAUUAACACCAUCGAUUAAUCGGUUGUAUCAUCCUCACCAGAGCACAUACUGCUUAUUGGACAGAUCGAUUCCUGCCAAGCUUUCCUUACGGAUUCAGCCUUGGCUGAGGUCUUCUCCUGAAAGGUGCCAGGUGUUCCUCUAAAGCAGUCAUCUCCAACCCCGGUCCGCGGACCGGUACCGGGCCAUGAGGCAUUUGUUACCGCCCCGCAGAGAAAGAAUGACCAAUUUAUAUAAUUUUUGUUGUAUUGCAAUUCGCGUGUCAGCGUGUUUUAUUUGGAAAAUUGAGCGGAUCUUCUCCGCCGCAACAGCUGCGCAUCUCGAUUGACACGUCGAGACUGCACAGAACGCUUCCGUUUCCGAUCCGAGCGGGCCGGCUAACGGCGGCAGAGCUCAAAGAACGAAAUCAUUUCAUAAAGUAAUUCAGUUCAUUACGUUUACUGAAAAGAUUUGUUCUUUUGAACGAAACGUUCGCGAACGAAACCACUAUAUCGGGAGUCCUACUUAAAAUACGGGUUUAUCGCAACAGUUAACGCUCACGCACCAAGUCCGCUCUGAUACAGAUACUACAGUCGUAGGUUGCUGCUCGACACAGGCAGAACUACUUUUACGGAGUUCAAAGUCUACUCUCAUUGAGGAGCUCCGACCCCGACUCCUGCAUCGCGCCCACAGUGGGCGCACCAUGAACGGCGAAGGAGGAAGCAGAAGCGGGGCAAGCGCGCGUGUGUGCCCGUGCGCCAUCUCAGCCAGUCCGUGAGAAAAAUGCCGACUCCUAACCGGUCUGCGGUGCAAAGAAGGUUGGGGAACGCUGCUCUAAAGGUCUCGCUUGUCCCAGUAGACGUCAGGAAAUUGUCCCGUUGUGACAAAAAGCGUUGUGGAGCAUUCAAAUGUCACAACGCCGCCGCCGUCUGCGUCAUUGUUUGUGACAUUUUUGAAGAAUCCUCCGGAGGGUGCGCCACCUCUUUGGGUUGUUCCGCUAUGAGCUAAUCAUUCGCAUAGAAGCUAACUAACAAAGCAAAUCAAUGGGCAUCAUUAAUCUAAAGUUUUUUCAAAGUGGCUGUUGAAAAAGUUCCAUCAGUAAAAAAAAAUUGACAUUUUGCUUCUUAUUUGCCCAACGGACUCGGCAUAGCAUUAGCAUUUUAGCUCCAGUAAAGCGCUAACAACAACAGUGCAGAUGAUACAAGUGGAUUGUUUUUGCUAAGAACGCAUAUUUUUAUGCUUAUUCGUGCUUUUUUCCCCCCGUGGCAAUUAUAAUCGGCAUCCAUUAGUCGUGGCUUUUCGAUAUUCACGGUCCCGAUAGCGGGGUCCGCUGUAUUGUAUUGGAGAUUAUCAUCAUGGCUGUUUUGAAAAAAAAAAUACAAAUAAAAAAUCGUAUUUGACAUGAAAUCAAUUCAUGUAUUCAUUUCUUUAAAGUAAUGCUACUAUCCAUCCAUUUUCAACACCGCUAAUCCUGGUUAGGGUCGCGGGGCGCUGGAGCCUAACCCGGCUGACUUCGGGCGAAAGACGGACUGCACCCUGAACUGGUCGCCAGUCAGUCGCAGGGUAAUGAUACUAUAUUUUGUCAAAUUCGGUGAUGUCUUUUUAGGUAUUUUGGAAAAUGAUGCAUCUGCACGGCUUGUCCGGGAUUAGUGGAGCACAAACACACAAACAAUCAUCUUCCCCACCCUCACAAAAACACUUAAUAAGGCCCAAAACCGUCCGAAGCUGAUGCCGUGCAUGGAGACAACAUGGCAUCCGUAGACCACGUGAUGUGUAUUUGAUAUUUGAUAUAUAUUUGAUAUAUUUACAGGAAUGCAAUUCUGCUUUUUUUUUUUUAAACCUUGUUCAACUCAAUUGAAAAACAAAAAUUUCGAGUAAAAAUGGGCGAAAAUGACAUCCGUGGCAGAGUUCCGAUGCCAAAAGCAGAAUGCAAACAACAAGAACAACAAUUCACUUCAUUACCAAUCUUUCCGCACUUUUUGUUUGAAUUGAGCUCAUGUUAGAAAAAAAAAACAAAACACACAAUAUAGAAAGGAAAUGCAUGUUUGCAAAGGUAGUUGGUGAUCUCCCUAACAUUUGAUGUUAGUUAUGUAAGCCUUAUUUUUUUUUCAAUCUUUAAAUCGUUCAUAAAUUCAUUUCUUCUUAUUUCAUGUCUACUGUAUAUGCUACUACUUUAUUGUAUAUGUUUCGGGUGAGCUCUCGUGUUAUACUAUAGUUUGACAUCAUAUAUAAAUUGCUUUCAUAAAGAAAGUAUUUUGGUUUUCAAAAAGCCUUCCUGAGUGAUUCCCCAAAAAUGACUCAAACGACAUUUUAGGAGUACAGGAAGUCGCACAUCCAGGUGGAUAAUAUCAUUGAUUGUCUUUGGAUUCAAAACAAGUGAUAACGUUCUCCUCUUCGAUGUUAAUUUGAUAAUGUAUUAUAUGAACGAUAUGUACGCUAUCCAAAACAUUUGAAGGGAAGAAGCCAUGUCUAAUGCAAGUUCAUGCCCACAGGAAAGAGAGCCUUUCCAAAAGAUUUGCCUCCCCCAGAGAGAGAGAGAGAGAGAGAGAGAGAGAGAGAGAGAGAGAGAGAGAGAGAGAGAGAGAGAGAGAGAAAGAGAGAGAGAAAGAGAGAGAGCAAGAGACAGAGAGAGAGAGAGCUAUUUCUUUUGUCGCCUUAUCUUCUUGUUCUUCACUCAACAAGCUGCGGCGACUUCCACACCUCCAGCGACUCAUUCGUCCUCCGCUGACCUUGCCGCCCGCGGGCCACCGGACCCGGCAGCAGCGCCCGCGGCAACAUGCCCGCUGCGGAGCUCCGGACCGGUAUCGGUUCUUCGGGGAUUUAAGCCCUAAUAUUUCUGCACUCUUUUUUUUUUUUUUUUUUUUUUUUGGGGGGGGGGAAGUGGACACGUGUUUGUGCGUAGCAUAGCGAUUUGAAAAGUGGAUUUUGGGCGCCCUCGACUUUUGGACUUGGCACCCCGGGAUGCCAUGCAGCUCCUCCGGCUGCUGCUGCCUCUCACCGCCGCGGGGCUCUGCUGGUUCCUCCUGUGCGCGCUCCACAGCCGAGGUCACUCACGCGCACACGCACGCGCACACGUGGGUACCGUGUCCACAGGUGACGUGCGGACGGGCAGCUGCGUGAUCGUGACGUCGGAGCGCGACGGCAGCCAACCCGCACGACGCGUCGCCCGGCAGACGGCUCGCUGCGCCUGCGCGCCGGGACGAGCGGCCGGCACCAGCGGAGGCCGCCCCGCCUGCGUGCGCGCUGACAUCGUGCUGAGUCGUCAGUGGUGCGAGAUGAGUCCGUGUUUGGACGACGAGGGCUGCGACCUGCUCGUCAAUCAGUCGGGAUGGACCUGCACGCAACCGGGGGGACGGGUCAAGACCACCACGGUCUCCUGACAGCGGUGAUGGGACGGAAAACUCCCAUCAUGCAUCUCUAGAGCUCAGCCAAAACAUCAGACACUGCUUGAAAACGAGUCGCCAUGUCAGACUGAUGUUUGCCUUUCCGGCGAGUGUGGAAUAAAUGGUCAACAACGUUUAUGGACUAUUUUUUUUAUUAAUUUAAUGAUGAUGAUGAUGAUUAUUAUUAUUAUUUCUGGGUAAGUGUCUAGAAGAGACGAUGGCUGUCCAAUACAAACCGGUGAAAAUGAUACUUUUUGACAUGCAAAAAUAAAUAAUCGUUAUAAAGACACUAAAAAUGGAGCAGCCAUGAAAAAUGCAGCAGUUUGCGUUGAAAGGGCUUGUGCACGCAGCGUGUAGCAUUAGCAUGAUGAGAUGCAGGAUGUACUUACUAUAUACACAAAUGUGCACUUCAUCAAAGACAUGCACACUUGUCACUACGCAGAAAAAAAACACUUUUCCAUUAAGCUGAAAGAUGCUGCAUGCUCUGGACAGUACGUGUGUGUGUGUGUGUGUGUGUGUGUGUGUGUGUGUGUGUGUGUGUGUGUGUGUGUGUGUGGAGAAUAAACAUAAAGAUGCAUCAUAUCCUGCAGACACGCCUGAGCUUCAACUCAAUUAUUCAAAUGGGAAAUUCCCCCGCAAACGUACACGCAGUUAAAAACACUAACAUUAAAAAACAAGAAGUUGUGUAAGACUGCAAUAAUACCCCGAAAGCUGCGCAUCUUAAAACAAGACAAUGUUAAAAUCCUCAAAAGUUGCGCAAGUUAAAGUAAGACUACCAUAAAUCCCCAAAGAGUUGCCCAAAUGAAAACAAGAGUACUGUAAAUCCCUCAAACGUUGCACAGUUGAAUCCAUUUUGGGCAUUUCCAAGCAAAAUUAUUAUGCAAACCCGAUAAAAGGAUAACAAAGAUUAUAAAGAUUACAUUUAAAAUAUUAAUGGAAGGGGCACUUUAAGUCCCACCAAAAUUGAGUACCAUAGAUCCCCAAAAGUUGCACGUUAAAAUAAGACUACCGUAACGCCCUCAAAAGCUGCACACAGGUUCACACGACGAUACUGUCAACCCUACAAAAGUUGUGUAUCUUAAACCAAGACGAACGUUACUCCCCCUAAAAUUGUGCACGG